AUGUCUCUGUCAUCAUCGUCGUCGCUUUUAGGACACGAGGCAAGAAGACUCCUCCGCGGACUCCUCCGUGCUCGACUCGCGCUCUUUCACGGCGACGAGAAAGCCUUACAGGCGUCCGCGAUUGAAAUUCGUUCGCACUUUGACCAACACAAAGAUAUCGCAAACGAGGAGGAAAUUAGAAAACGAAUCAAAGAAGGGAAGGAGGCGGAAAUGUUCUUAACGACGAACGUUUUGCAAGGGAAAAUGAACGAGAGAGGGAAUUUUGAGACGAAGCUGAAAAGCGCGGACCCGGAUAAGGAGACGUGGGAAGUUCCGAAAGAAGCAAAGUGA